GGAGGCGGAAGCAGAUCCGGGAGCCGAGACUGCUCCGGUGCAGUGCCAGAGCCCGGUGCGCGUCCUUUACAGCGGAGGCGGAGCCGGGAGGGUUUUGCCAUGGCGACAAAGGGGAAAUCAGGAGCUGUGGCCAAAGGUACUGGCUUCUGGCACUCACCCCAAUCCACCUACACCCCAGAAACCUGUCAGCUGCUUAAAGUGAUGAUGGAGGAGUCCAAACUCACCAAUUUCCAGCAGCGGCAGCUCAUGGAUUCGAUGAAAAGAGGUGAUGCACUACCUUCUCGCUGCAAUCCAGCGUCUAGCCAGAAGCCAGUGCCCAAGCAAGUAAACGACUUCUAUCUGCCGCCCAUCCUGACCCCAAGGCCCCACCUCCGCCCUGCUGAAGUCUGCCAGGCCAAUGAGGCCUACGCCCGAGACCAGUUCAAGCCCAGACCUUGUCGAGACACAGAGAAGGAGAAGGAGCGGCUCCAAGACAUAUUUGCCAACGGGAAGGAUGGCACUGAGAAGAAGAAAAAAAAGCAGUCUGUUCGGCAGGCCAAGCCUCUGCCCUCGGACCCGGAGCCAGAUAGAUUUGAAGAAUGUAAGGCACUAGAGUAUGCCCAGGGCCCACGAGGGUGUCCCGACCUUCCUCCUGGGCCACCUCCAGCAAGGCACAGCCUGUCUCUGUCACCCAGGUGGCUUCCGAGGUCCCCUCCUGCUCUGAGCCUCGUGCACCUUGGGCCCAUGGCGAUGUCACGGGCCAGAUCCUCACUCACCUUCAAGGGCAGGCCCACGGCCCUGGAGAACACAGCCCUUCCUCGCCCAGGCCCAUUAUUCCUCUCCCUCUGGUCAAUUCAGGGCAGGGCCUUUGGACGGGCCUGGAGAGCUCCAGCCCCAUCUUCCUGUGUGUGAAUGAGUUUUCUCUCCCCCUCAGUGGUGAAGGAAGUCCGGGAGAGGCAAGAGUUCCUGGCCGAGAUGCAGGCCCUCGGACAGGGCAAGCAGUACCGAGGAAUUAUCCUUACUGAGAUCUCACAGAAACUGCGGGAAAUGGAAGAUAUCGACCAGAAGAGAAAUGAGGGGCUGCAGAAGGCGCUGCCCAAAGCCUCUCCUUAAGGAGCCGACACCGUCGUCUUGCCCCCUGGUAGCGCUGAGGUCCUGCAUUGGUCACCCUGCCCGCCGUGCUCCUGGACCCCGGCAUCCUCCAAACACACGACUGGUGGGGGCGGAGAAGGCCCACUCCCAAACAGCUGGCCGGCUGGCCAGAGGCCAAGAGACAGUGCCCAGCCAAACCCACCACUGCCUAUGGGGGAGGAAGGCCCCACGCAGGAGGAGACCACGGCAGCAGAGGGGUCUCGUCCCAUCGGCCCUAGCUCUAAGCGUGGAAGGCCCCUUCUUCCUGCUGGAAGCUUGGGAGAGAACCAGCUCCUUUGUGUCACCUACGUCAGGCCCUACUUCUGACAUCUCCCAACGUGGGCUGGAGUCCUUUGAGCCAUGGGGGUGGGAAGACCAAUAAAACUGUCUUGGUACGA